UCCUGUGAUGGAAUUUAGCUCCCUAUGGAGCUCCCCAGCUGGAGCAGCAGCCGUGCAGAAGGGGAAAGGUGUACCUGACUGCAAGAACUGGGACUAGCUGCCAAAGUGAGAGAGAGGAGGAGGGGAAAAAAAAAAAAAAAAAAAAAAGCUUUAAAUGGCAAGACUGAGCUUGCAGCAUGUGGCCAGUGUGUUCCCUGCAGGCUUCAGGAGGCAGCAGGAGCAGCAGCGGAGGGGAGAAGAGGUGCUGCAGGAUGGGGGCUUCCCGCACACCAGCCGGCAGCAGGGGUCUGCGGGUACAUGGGGCACGAGGGAUGGGCCAUCGUCACCCUGCAGUGGCCUGCAGCCCAGGUUCUGAUGCUGUUGGCACCCUUGAAAUAGGACUGCUUCGUUGGAAAAAUCCAUAUACAUAUGGAAACCCUCACCUCCAUCUCACCUUUUCUGAAGAUGUCUGUAGUCCUGUAUUUCAACAUUUUCCUACACAAAAUGACUUAUCAUAUCCAUUAUCCUGCCCAGCUUCACUUUCUAUCACUCCAGUGCCUUCAUACAGCAGUAGUAGUCAAGAAACUUUAAGUCAAGACUGUACAGGUAUAAGUUUAUCUAUUCAUGGGGCUGAAAAGCGUGUGCAAAUCUGUCAGAGGAGAACUGCAGCAAGCUACCCAGUGUUACAGCAUCCGCCUGUGGUUGGGCAACCUUCACUCCCACAAGUCAGAAGGUCAAUAAAGAUGGAAGCAUCGUCUGCUGGAUCUAGUAUUUCAGCAGUCACUGGUGGAAAAGCAAAACCCCAUCAGCCAGAAGGAACAGAGGAUUUGCAGGUUAACCAGUUGGAAACGCAAAUAUGGAUAAAACCAGACGUACAGAAGACAGAUGUGGACUUUUCAGAAAUUCUUAAUGCAAUACAAGAAAUAGCUAAGGAUGUCAACAUUUUUUUUGAUGAGUUAGAAGGUGUGAACAGCCCUUCCAAAGAUGAUGACUCCCUGCUUCACCAUGGCAACUUGACCAGUACUUCUGAUGAUGCCAGCAGGUUGGAAGUAGUGGGAGAGGAAGUACCUGAUAAAAAUAAAGCCAAUGGACUAUAUUUUAGAGAUGGGAAAUGUCGGAUUGACUACAUCCUGGUAUAUCGAAAAUCCAAUCCACAGACAGAAAAGAGGGAGGUAUUUGAGAGAAAUAUCAGAGCAGAAGGACUUCAAAUGGAAAAAGAGUCAUCUCUAACAAACAGUGACAUCAUCUUUGUGAAGUUGCAUGCCCCUUGGGAGGUCCUGGGCAAAUAUGCUGAACUAAUGAAUGUAAGAAUGCCUUUCAGGCCCUUUAACCCCUUCACUGCUGGAGCCCCCUGCAUACUUGUGCGCUGCUGUUUUUUAAAUGGACAUUUCAUUGAAAUCAAUGGGAGGUCAAGAAGAUCCAGGAGAAAAAUCUAUUACCUGCACCGCCGAUACAAGUUCAUGAAUAGGAUCGAGAAACAAAUAAGCAGGUUUCGAGGAUGGUUACCUAGAAAGCCAAUGAAACUGGAUAAGGAGACACUGCCAGAUCUGGAGGAGAAUGACUGCUAUACUGCACCAUUCAGCCAACAAAGGAUCCAUCACUUCAUCAUACACAACAAAGACACUUUCUUCAAUAAUGCUACCAGAAGUAGAAUUGUACACCAUAUCUUACAAAGAGUGAAAUAUGAAGAAGGGAAAAACAAAAUUGGUCUGAAUCGAUUGCUCAGUAAUGGCUCCUAUGAAGCUGCAUUUCCUCUUCAUGAGGGAAGUUACAGAAGCAAGAAUUCGAUAAAAACCCAUGGGGCAGAAAACCACAGACACCUGCUCUAUGAGUGCUGGGCUUCUUGGGGAGUCUGGUAUAAAUACCAGCCACUGGAUCUUGUGAGACGAUACUUUGGUGAGAAAAUUGGGCUGUACUUUGCCUGGUUAGGCUGGUACACAGGGAUGCUCUUCCCAGCUGCCUUCAUUGGAUUGUUUGUGUUUUUGUAUGGAGUCACCACUUUGAACCACUGCCAAGUCAGUAAAGAAGUCUGUCAAGCUACAGAUAUCAUAAUGUGUCCUAUAUGUGAUAAAUACUGUCCCUUCAUGAGGUUGUCAGACAGCUGUGUUUAUGCCAAGGUAACACACCUUUUUGACAAUGGAGCUACUGUCUUUUUUGCUGUUUUCAUGGCAGUGUGGGCUACUGUUUUUCUGGAGUUUUGGAAAAGAAGGCGAGCAGUAAUUGCUUAUGACUGGGACUUGAUAGACUGGGAAGAAGAAGAGGAGGAAAUACGCCCACAGUUUGAAGCCAAGUACUCCAAGAAAGAACGAAUGAACCCCAUAUCCGGGAAGCCAGAGCCUUAUCAAGCAUUUGCAGAUAAAUGCAGUAGACUCAUUGUUUCUGCAUCUGGAAUAUUUUUUAUGAUAUGUGUGGUGAUUGCUGCUGUUUUUGGCAUUGUUAUUUACCGUGUUGUGACUGUCAGCACUUUUGCUGCCUUUAAGUGGGCUUUAAUCAGGAAUAACUCUCAGGUUGCAACUACAGGGACUGCAGUGUGCAUCAACUUUUGCAUUAUCAUGCUACUGAAUGUGCUGUAUGAAAAGGUAGCUCUUUUCCUGACAAAUUUAGAACAGCCUCGCACUGAAUCUGAGUGGGAGAACAGCUUCACUCUGAAAAUGUUUCUUUUUCAGUUUGUCAACCUGAACAGCUCUACCUUUUAUAUAGCAUUCUUCCUUGGAAGAUUUACAGGACACCCUGGUGCCUACCUAAGGCUGAUAAACCGAUGGAGACUGGAAGAGUGCCACCCUAGUGGAUGCCUUAUUGAUCUCUGCAUGCAAAUGGGAAUUAUAAUGGUGCUAAAGCAGACAUGGAAUAAUUUCAUGGAACUGGGCUACCCGCUAAUUCAAAACUGGUGGACCAGGAGAAAACUACGGCAAGAGUAUGGCACACAGAGAAAAACAAGCUUCCCACAGUGGGAAAAGGACUACAAUCUGCAGCCUAUGAAUGCUUAUGGACUCUUUGAUGAAUACCUAGAAAUGAUUCUUCAGUUUGGGUUCACAACCAUUUUUGUGGCAGCUUUUCCACUGGCACCACUUCUGGCCUUACUUAACAAUAUUAUUGAAAUUCGGCUUGAUGCAUACAAAUUUGUCACCCAGUGGAGAAGACCUUUAGCUUCAAGAGCCAAAGAUAUAGGAAUCUGGUAUGGGAUUCUGGAAGGCAUUGGAAUUCUUUCUGUUAUCACAAAUGCAUUCGUUAUAGCUGUGACAUCAGAUUUCAUCCCUCGACUUGUUUAUGCUUACAAAUAUGGACCUUGUGCAGGCCAAGGAGAAGCUGGACAAAAGUGUAUGGUUGGCUAUGUUAAUGCCAGUUUAUCAGUAUUUCUGGUGUCUGACUUUGAAAACCGCUCAGAACCUACAUCAAAUGGAAGUGAAUUCUCUGGUUCACCGUUAAAAUAUUGUAGGUACAGAGACUACCGAGACCCUCCUCACUCCCCAGUGCCCUAUGGCUACACGCUGCAGUUCUGGCAUGUCCUAGCAGCACGGUUGGCUUUCAUUAUUGUAUUUGAGCACCUUGUCUUUUGCAUAAAGCACCUGAUUUCCUACUUAAUCCCAGAUCUCCCAAAAGACCUGAGGGAUCGGAUGAGGAGAGAAAAAUACCUGAUUCAGGAAAUGAUGUACGAAGCAGAAUUAGAACGUCUACAGAAAGAACGAAAGGAAAGAAAGAAGAAUGGAAAAUCUUAUCACAAUGAGUGGCCAUGAUGGGGUGAGGAAGAAACUGCUUUAAAGAAGAUAGGAAUUCUGUUUAUAAAAAAAACGAAAAAAAAUCCCAGUUUUCUGCAGUGGAGAGUGCAGUGAAAGAGGAAUAGUCAAUCACUGCUUUGUGCACUUAUCACAAGUGAAUGGUUAAUUUGUUAGGGGUCUUACAAGGCUUAGUCUUCUCCAGAGCUAACAUUGGCAUGAGCAGAGCAGACCAAUAAGUAAGUCUCUGCACUCUUUCCAGGAAGCUCCCAAGCGUGACUUAAGUUCAGGGCCCUGAACUUUAAAGCAAUUAUAUAUCUUACAGUGCUUUGCAGAACCUAGUGAUCUCAUGGCUCCUGCUCAUGACCAAGCUGCUAUUUCAUAGCCAAUGACUGCACAUUAACAACACGACAGUACAUGUCCACGUGUGUGGCCAGCACCUGCAGCAUGUGCGUGGCAGUGAUGGCCUCUCCCAUGGUGGACAAAGCUGUGUUCGCUUGCAUUUAUCAUCAGUUAAGGUCACAUAUGCAGACUGUUUCUAUAACUUCAACAGCACCUAAGUAUUUUUAGGAGGAUAUGCUUGAUCAUGAGUCCUAUCAGCUGGUCUAACAGUUCUGAAAAAUUUAUGUGUGCAGAAGUGCUGGCAUAUAGACAAGCAUCCAAAUGUGGCCUGAGGUGACUAACUGUAGUGUGGUCACUUAUUUGGAAGUAUUAUUGUGAAAGGUUGGUAACAAGUUUUAAAUAUUUGAACAGUGCCUUUUCAGCUACAAGACUGUCUGCUCUCUGAAGGAAACAAAUCAGGUUAGGACAUUUUGCCCAAAAUUGCCAACAUAGUUGUAUCGCCAGAUCACACCUAGGCCCCAUCAGGAAUUAGGGUGUAUGAUACACGUAACAGCAGACAGUCUGUGUCUUAAAGACCUAAGUGGGAAAAACAAACAAACAAACAAAAAAAAAAAAAAAAAAAAAAAAGAUGAACAAGGUUAGCAGAACAGGAGAACACAGUCACUCAAAAUCUCUGCUCUUGUACCUUUUUCUUUAUUCUUCUUUGUUAUCUAAGGAGGAGAGGAGUGGGAAACAGCCAGACUGUAGUAACACAAAAUGGCUUGAAAUGCUUCCUGCACAGUUCUACGCAGGCUGUAGAAUUAGAUUUGGCUGAAAUGGGCCGCUGUCUAUAUCCUUUUGCAAAUCAUUUAGCAUUUAGAAAUUAAAGGAUUUGCUGACCAUUAGCCCAAAUUAGGAGAGCUGUAAGUCUGAAGACUGCUGAAGUGUUGGAUGGAGCAACAUGAAUCAAAAUGCUGAGUGUUGUGAAAGCCAUACCACCUCUUGUCUCAAAGUGAUAACACUGCAAUUCUUGCAGAAUGUGCAGAGGCAUAGUCAGCCACAACAUGAAGAAGGAGGUUCAAAAGCCAAGACGGUAAGAAGACAGGUGGAAGUAAAUGUAUUUCUUGCUGACAAUACAGCUAGAUACAAAGUUCUGGAGCCGAUCAAUUCACUUUACCCUUUUCCAAAUAAUUGGAGCUCCAUCAGAAAUAUCAAGGAAUAUUGACUUUGUUAGUUUGAACGUGUUUAAGGAGGAAAAAUCGGCAAUUUUUUCCUACAAGUUCCUCUAGAAACCAUUUGACAGAAGAGCUAGAAUUUGCCCUUCUGGACUGACCACACAGUGCAUGACCCUGUGGAAGGAUCCCUCGGACUCCACAAAACAUCAGGACCACUUGCAUAUUUUUAUGCAAGUUACAUCCGUUACAUCCAAAUUACAUCCAUUAAUUUCUUUCCACUGCAGGGUAGAACUGUGCUACUUCUAUGGGGAAGAAAGUUUUAAUAAAAUGUAAUAUGUCUUAGUGGAAGAAAAUGUUUGCACCCUGAUCUAUGUAAAGCCACUGCCUGUCUACUCUUUUCUUCCUUGCAACAAGGUACAUCCUCCAGUAGUGGCCAUCAUCCUACUUGAAGUGUAUAAAUGCCACAGCAGCUCCCAUUAUCAGGUGCUCCUGGCCCGAGCUUGGUGUUCCCAUGAGGCAGUGUAGUCACUGAAGAGGUUUCAGGAUUAAUCUGUUCUGUGUUGACUUGGUGCCAAAAUGAAUGAGGAAGACAACUAAUGGUUAUGGGGUGUAUUUCUGCCUAACAAGCAAGUGAACUUGUUUGUUCAUCUUUGCUCCAGCAGCUGUGGACACAGCCCAUAUGGGCAAUACAGAAAUGGGAAUAUUCUGUCUCUGUAAAUAGGGGGUGGAGGUUAGGCAAUGGCAUCCUUUGAUACACACAUGCCAGAUGGGUUAGUAUCUACCAUCCACCACCUACAGGUGUCUAUUGCACUUGCAAUCUGGAUACUCUCAGGCAGCAUCACCAUGCAAAAUCACAUUCAGACCAAAUUUACACGAUCAAUAGGAUUAGAUUGCAUACCCUCUGUUUAAUAUCUAAAUUAACAGGUGACUAGCUUAGGAACUGUUUGCUAAGUAGUAAAAUGAGUUGUGAGUCAUGCAUAAAAUCAGUCUCACCCAAAUGAGUGCAAAGCUUUGCCAACUCCUGCAGUAAGAUAAAGCUUUGUCACCGGAGAUCUCAGUAACUUCCCAGAACUGAACUGAAAUCUAGUAGAAUAUAAAUUGACUUCCACUCCGGAGGAAUCACAGCAAUAUAAUGUGUCAAAACAAAUAAAGUGCAUCAAAAAUACAAUACAUACUAAUUGCUUUUGAUAGAAGUUUUCAACAUAGCUACAUUGCGAUGAAUUUUCAUGACACUAACUUGCUAGAGGUUGCGUCCUGUUCUGUUCAAACCAAGAUUGUGAGUUGGCUGUUUACCAAGCUUGUGUUGAGCAUGAUGCUGAAAGGGGCUCUGACCUCCCUGGCAGUUCCUGACUACAUUUCUGUCACUUAAUGUUAACCAGUCACCCCACUGAUGUUUCAGUGCUGCAGAACAGAUUUCCCUUUAGUCCUUCAAAGCUAUAUAGCAGAACAUUCAGGAAAGACAACCUCUUUCUAUUUAUUUCAUUAAUUAGGAAAAUGUAACACAGCAAUAGGCUAAUAAUAAUAAACGGAAUUUUAAAUGGUCUCUAGAUAGCAAUUUUAUGUCAUUCCCUUCUUUCUGAUCUGAUGAUGGGUUUUGUUUAAACCUCCAGGUGACGGUCCUAUAUGUUGUUUACUUACUCGAGCUCCAUGAGAGCAGUACCUUCAAAGGAAUGAGAAAAAGAGCAACCUCAAUGCAUGCCAUAGACAUUUUCCAUAGUAAGCAGGACAGCACACAUCAAAGGAUUUACUGUGAAAUCAUCCUGCAAUCAGCAUAGAUUGAUCUCAAUAGACCACUCUUGACAGCAAGCAUGUACUUCAUGAGCAGUUAAACGCCAGUUUUUAAAACCAAGGAAAAAAUUGUAUAUUGGGACUGUUUUUCAGCCUGUUUGCUACGUUUUUUGCAUUCUGUCCCAUAUUGGUUUUACAAA